ACAGAUACUUGUUUUUGCCGGUUCAUAUAUUUCCAACAUGUACUUCACACCUCUUGCCAUCCUCUCCCUCAGCGCGCUCAGCUUCGCCGCACCUGUAGUCGUACCACGACAAGCCGGGGCCGUACUCAAGGACACAACAUAUAAUGCCAUCUCCAUCUCUGGUGGCCAAGCCGGAAAUGCAAAAGCAGAAGCAGCAGCUCGCUUUUCCGCACUUGACCUUCAGAAUCUUAAGAAUAUCAAUAAGGCGGACUUGACCUUUCUGAACGAGGUCAAUCAGGUUGCGAAUGAUGCCGAGAAGGAGGUGUUUAAUCCGGCAGUCGAGGCGGCGAGUGGAGAUGCAGCUACACAGAUUCAGAACGGCAAAAUCAAGAACAAAGUCCUCAAACUCACGGCCACCGUAAUCAAGCUGCAAGCUCAACAGGCGCAGGGACAAGAUGUAGCAGCGCAGCUUGCAGAAGAAACUAAGAAGCUGAACACGAAUAUUGGGCUGGAUACAGCAGCAGCGGGUCAGGUUUCCAUUGCUGAGCCAUUUAAUGCCAACAUUUCUGGAAGUGGGUGAAGGAAAACAUGAGUUACAUAUGCAUACGAGCUAGAGAUGUCGAGUCAACGAUACCGGGGUAUAUAUAUAACAAUCCACAUACUUCCUCAACCUUACAACUUCGCCUUGACAGGCGCAAAAGUG